AUGUCUACCGAGACCCAACCGGGCGCGCUCUACACCGACUUCAACUUCCUCAGCCAUGACUCCACACCCCACAAGGUCCGCGUUAUGGUCGAUACUGGCUCCAGUCGGUCAUACAUCAGUCUCAAGACGGUCGGCCCACUUCGAGAUUCUAUCAUCAAGCUUAUCGACACCAAAAACCCCAAGACCACCACCAAGAAACCUCCCACGGAGAUCUUCAGCGGCGUUGCAGCUGAUGGUGAACUUCCCGUACUACAGCCUGUCAGUAGCUCCUCACAAGCUCAGACGACAUCUGUAUCCUCACCAAUGCCAGACCACACCACGACUACCACAACAUCAACAAUACACUCUAUUAAUGCUGAUACGACUGUCGACCCACCUCCGGUCCAACCAGCACCGACAUCUUCCUACGACCUCGCCAACUACGUGGCCGAUUACUUCACAACCAUCGUCGCCUACACCGCUGUAGGAAACCUCGCUACCCAUGACAGCGUCGCUGACUCCGACCCCUGCCCUCCCCCGGACGUGGCCGUGGACACUCUUACUGUGGUUCCGCAACCUGACGGUUCCUUCAAGCAUUAUCAUCGCCUGCCAUGGAAGUCGACCGCUCGACCUUCAACCAGUUUGGCAGGCGUACAGGCACGCACUGAAGCUCAACUCCGUCGACUCUCUUCUCAUGACCGCCAGCACUACGACGACUGCAUACAAGAUCUUCUACAACGUGGAGCCAUCCGUCGACUGCAACCAACUGAGUCACCCCAUUGGGCGAUGUGCCACUUCGGUGUUCGAGGCCAUGCACUCUCAACCACACCACUUCGCCCAGUCUUCACUGGCACUCAAAUCGGGAAGUUUUUACUACGGCCCAAGGGUAAUGUCACCAUCAACGUAAUCAACCCCCUACUUCUGCUGAGAACCAACCUCCACUACCACAUUGAAGAUCUGUCGAAGGCCUUCUACUCUAUGUACGUUUUCGCCGAUGAGGAAUUGUGGUUGUGCUUCUGGUAUCGUCGUGCGUGGCAUUGCUUCACGAAGUGCCCUAUGGGGAUCGCUCCAUCAACUGGUUUCCUGGCUACGAGUAUUGAGACCAUCUUGACCGACUUACAACGCCACCAUUAUGCUCGCCCUAUCCCAACUAUCACCCAUGUUGAUGACAUAACCCAGGUCUUCCGAUCAAAGGAAGAGAGAGAGGACACCCACGACCUCAACGUCAAACACUUUGGUAACCACAACUUUCACAUGAACAGUCCCAAACGUAUAACUGAUGACUCCAGGCGAGAACGUGCCCUCGGGGUCUGGAUUGAUGAGAACGAUGCCAUCACGCUCUACUCCAUCCCACCACUUGGUAACUUCGACUCCACUGACUACGACCCCGUGAAAGGUAGGAGACCCUCUUGGCCAGCAGAUGACGUCGAUCUCGGCAACGGCAACGCCCCCUCCGAACCUCUUACUGUACAACAGGCGUUCUCCUACGUGUGCGGUUGUUAUGAUCCACUGGGUCUCGCAGCCGAAACCACUACUAGACAACGCAUACUUCUGCGGCAAACCUUGGCGCUCGGUCUCACCAACAAUGACAUAGUGCCUACUGAGAUCUCCGCACAACUACUACAGUGCCGACGACAUCUAUGCAAUAUGAAACCACAGCCUCGAUACGUCACUCCCUACCUCGACGCCAAUUCCAACCCUAUCUACUUCGCCUGUGUUGAUGCUUCAUCACAAGCUGUGGGACUUACUAUCACUGCUCGAGGCCAUGACCGUGUUAUUGCUCACAGCCUUCUUGUACCCCGAUCUAAGGCCCUGUGGACUGUGGUUCGUCUCGAACUGCAAGCAAUCAUUCUGUCCAUCCCCUAUAUUGACCAAUUCGUUGACGCCUUCAAGCACAACGACAAACUCCCUCGUAUCAUCAUAUGCUCUGACAGCCUCGUUAAUGUCCAGAGACUCAACUCUAUCCGUGAACCCUCCGGCGACUUGAACAACUGGGACAAGUCCAACAUCCACAAGGCCCGACAGCUCCUGAAGCAACGUGGCUACCAACUAUGCCAUCUCAAAGGCACUGCAAAUCCUGCGGACCCCAUCUCCAGAGGACUGCCUGUUCAACUACGAUGUGACACUGAACCCAAGUACUAUGAUUCCACCUAUCUUCAGAAGUGGAUCAUCAACGUCGUUGACAGCACCCACAGCGCCACUGCUCCACCAUGUACGGUCACCUCUACUAAUGUCACCUCCAACGACGCCAACGACGCAGAAGGCGACAACACCAACAACCAAGACAACCCUGUUGUUGUAUCACUUCCACAAGUGGGAUACUCCGUUGAUGUCCUCAAGGAAGCCCAGCACUCGGAUCCCCACAUUAGUGCCAUCAUUGCUUCUCUCGGUAAUCGUCAACAGCUUCUCAACCUCAGGGUUCAGCUGAAAUACUACUUCCUCGACUCUGAUGGAUUACUCCGAUAUUAUCCUCACCACGAGAAACUACCCCGACUACAAACUGACUGCCCGGUCGUCAUUCCAAGUAGCGGUGCGAGAGCUCUAUGGUCACGUCUUCACGAAGCACACAAUCACCCUGGUAGUGGCUCUGGUCUACGCCGACUACAACGACUGGUCAUAUGGCAUCGGAUGCCGAGGGAUGUUCGACGCUGGACUUCUCAGUGUAUUAUCUGCCUCCGUAGCCGAAGAGAACGCCAGGCUAGGAACACUGUCAACCAGUUCCGCAUCAAGAGCACAAGACCCCUUGAAGUCAUCAACAUAGAUUACUGUGGCCCAUACCAUGGAACAAGCGGUUCUCCGGUGGCCUUGGUCGCAGUAUGUGCUGCUACUGGCUUCGUUUACGGUCGACUUCUCCCAGAUCGGAAGCUCUCUACCUUGAUACAUUAUCUCUUCCUUCUGUUCAACGAGAACGGUUAUCCGUCCAUUCUAUGCUGUGACCGAGAUAGCACUAUUCUGGCAGCAGUGAACCACCUGGCUUCAUGGGGUAUUACGGUGGCCACGAUACCGGCGUAUUCUGUGAGAUUGGCCUGGUGGGAACGUGUACACCGACAACUGCAUGACCAUAUGCGUUGCUAUAUUCUCAACCAACAAGCUGCUCUACAACAGAAUGGUGAUCCUACUCCACCUCCCCCCACCUACGCUGACACUGAGAAAGCCCUGGCUUCGAGCAUCAUGGCCAUUAACGAGACCCCUCAUGGCCCGGGAGGACUAGGAGUAACUCCCAAUAUGAUGGUUCACAGUAACGGUAAUGCUAUGUUGCCCAACUCACUCGUUCUCAACGACACCAACUCUGAUGAGGCCUCCCACUACGUCAAGCGACUAAUUCUCACUCCGAUCACCGAUGAGACAACUGUCCAACAACUCCGUCAAGGCAUGGCACUAUCACUCCAACAGUACCUACGACUAGCUCGACUACCUGACCUCAAACGCCAUGAUGGUCCUACAAGGUAUCAGGUACCCAUCGACCAUCCUUCAAGUCGUCUCAAAUCUGGUGAUCCUUGUUUCUACUGGAGACCCCGUGCUCACAAGCUAUCCUCCAGCUGGUUACCCGCAACUUUCAUUGCCCGACUUCCCGACACCAACUUCGCAGUUCUGGAGAAGCCCAGUGGUCAGCGUAUAACUGAGUAUUUCUUCAAUGUUAUGUGUAUCCGCACCUCCGAGGAGUUAUCCACCGCUGCUUCUACUACAUCCUAA